AUGGAAGUCGACUCGCUAGGUGGAAGCAAGUACUUGCUACUGAUCGUCGAUGAAGGCAGCGGAUGUAUGAAGGGUUUUAGUCUGCGCGCCAAGUCCGACAGCGAAGAGUGCAUCAAGAAGUACAUCAUGGCAGUACAGACGCAGUUUGACUACAAGGUCAAGUUCGUUCGACACGAUGGUGCACGAGAAUUUGCGGCGAAUUCGCUCAAGGCAUUUUACGAUGAUCAAGGAAUCGAGCAGCAAGUUACCGUUCCGUAUGCGCAUCAGACCAACGGCACGGCGGAACGGGCAAUUCGAACUAUUGUGACGAUCGGGCGCAGCAUGCUUUACUACGCCAAGCUGGACAAGUGUUUUUGGGCUAUAGCAGCAAUGGUGGCGAUCUACAUCAAGAAUCGCCUACCAUCGCCCAAGUACCAAGAUCAAACCCCGUUCGAGAUCGUCAACGGAUUUCGACCAAGUGUGAAGCACAUGCGGGUUUUCAGCUGCCGAACGUUUGUGCUGACCCCUAAGGAAAAGAGGUCGAAAUGGGAUCCUAAGGCUCGUGAAGGACUAUUCAUGGGGUACGAAGAAGUGUCUAAGGCACAUCGCGUUUACGACAUUGAAGCGGACCAAGUGGUGAAAUCUCGCGAUUUCACAUUCGACGAAUCAACGUUUGGUUUCUCGCCGAUGCUACCACAAGUAAUUGUUGAUGACACUGCGCUGGAUAUCGAAUCGAUGAACAUCAGCGAUGAGCCUCACCCCAUGCAGUUCAAGCAAACUGGAAAACGCAAAAGCCGUUCAAACAGUCAAGAACAAGUUCUACAACGGACACUUCUUGAGCGUCGUGGAACCGGAUUAGAAGAAGCAAGUGCCCCGGAUGACUCUGAAUCGCACCAAGCGAAGCGACGAUCAAGCGCUCGAGACAAUCUGGACGAAGAGCAAAAGGGCAGUGACGAAGAUAACGAGGAUGCUACACCUCAAGUCUUUUGGCGAGCGAGUGCCAAUGCAGUCGAAGGUACUGACUUGUCUGAGCCGACAACGUUUGGAGAUGCUGUUGGUGGACCAGAUCAAGUGCAUUGGCGUAAGGCAAUCUGUGCCGAGUUGGACUCGAUGAAACUUCGUGGCGUGUUUCGAGCGACCAAACUGCCGUCUGGACAGCAUACCAUUGGCACCAAGUGGGUAUUCAAGAUCAAACGGAAAGCUGACGGAUCCAUCGAGAAAUACAAGGCGCGCCUCGUGGCAAAAGGGUUCAAGCAGAAAUAUGGCAUCGACUACACGGAAACGUUUUCGCCGGUAGUCAAGUACGUGACGCUGCGCAUGGUGGUUGCAAUCACGAAGUACUUUGGCUGGACACUGGACCAACUGGACGUGGUGACAGCUUUCCUUUACGGAGAAAUGAAGGAAAAGGUAUUCUGCGCGAUCCCAGAAGGAGUCGAAGUUGAUGAAGACUUUGACUGCUUUGAACUGGUCAAGGCGAUCUACGGACUAAAACAAGCAUCGCGCGUAUGGAACGAGACUUUUCAUGAGUUCGUCUGCUCCAUUGGAUUUCAAGUCUCCGAUUUUGACCCGUGUCUUUAUCUCAAGAUUACAAGUGGCGAGUGCGUGCUUUUGCUGGUAUACGUCGAUGAUGUGUUGUGA